AUGCCAAAAAAUAAAGGAAAAGGUGGUAACAAGUGUCGUCGUGGUAAAAAUGAAAACGACGAUACCAAACGUGAAUUAAUACUUAAAGAAGAUGGACAAUCUUAUGCACAAGUAGAUCGUAUUUUGGGUAAUGGAUAUUUAGAAGCAUUGUGUUUUGACAGCACCGGUGGUAAAAAACGAUUAUCUCAUAUUCGUGGUAAACUACACAAAAAACAAUGGAUUAAUCAAGGUGAUGUCAUUCUUAUUGGACUUCGAGAUUAUCAAGAUUAUAGAGCAGAUGUUAUUAUGAAAUAUCAUGCCGAUGAAGCUCGUGAAUUAAAGCAAUUGCAUGAAAUUCCAGAUAAUAUUAAUAUCAAUGAUCCAUCAAUAAAUGUUAAUGAUGAAUCGGGCGUUGUCAUUGAUUUUUAUGACGGAUAUAAUGGUGAAGAAUCAAAAGAUGAUCAGAAAGGAUUACUGAAUAAUAUAGGACACCAACGAGCUGGUAAUGAUAGUCCAUCUGAAGAAGAACUAUAUGAUAUUGAAGAUGAUAAUAUCAAUUUUUUGUAA